CUCUACUGCCAACAAUUCAGGAGUUUGAAAUUAUUUUUACCGAUAAGCCCAUCAUCAUCAUCUUGUUGUCGUCGUCAUUAUGUCGUCUCUGCCAUCGAGUUAUUUGUUUUGUGAUUUUAGCCAUAAAUGUUUAAAUUGUGCGGUUAUUGGCCUAUACUGAAUAUUAUUGUUGUUGUUGUGUAUAACGCGAGUGAGUUUACGUCUUUUUUUUUUGGGUCCCAUGAACUUUCAAGCCCAAUCAAUUAAUUUUAAAUCAAAAUAAUUUCCUAUCCAUCGAUAACAAAGGUAAAGGAAACUUCUGAAAAUGUAAGCCUUAAAAAUCUUUUCAGUCCCAACAUUCUAAGCGCCUUGAAAAUGAAUACAACUUCACCAAAAUCUUCAUUAGCUAAACUCGGAUUACAUACAUCAAAAACUAAAACAAUCAAAGUUAUGGUUCUUGGACAAAGUGGUGUUGGCAAAACAGCAAUGGUAGUUCGAUUCAUAACAAGGCGUUUCAUAGGUGAAUAUGAAUCUAACUUAGAGAAAAUCUAUACUCACACAACGAUGGUAGACAACGAAAUGGUGCAGUUCGAUAUCCUGGAUGCUGCCGGACAACCAAAUGAAACAGAAUUUGUACGUUUAGAAUCGAAUAUCCGGUGGGCGGAUGCAUUUAUAUUGACUUAUUCGGUAACGGACAAAUGUAGUUUUGAUGAGUGUAACAGAUUGAAGUUCCUGAUAAACUAUAACAAAAGACGACGUAAAUUGGGAUACACAGCUAAGGAUGGAAUUUCAGAUGUGCCAGUGAUUCUGGUUGGCAACAAAACAGAUCAAUGGGGAGACCGUAUGGUAAGCAUCGAAGAAGGACAACGAAGAUUCCGAGAAAUCUCAUGUGUUUGCUUUCAUGAAAUAUCUGUACGAGAAAGUGUUGAUCAGGUUCAAUCGGUAUUCCGAGAUGUUUGUCGCUUUUGGAGAGUACUAAGUAAAUUUCCCAAACUCAAACGGUCCACCAGUGAUGUCCAGAGUGCCACUGAAAUGGUUUUGAGUCCUGAUUCCGGAGUCGCCUUCUAUCCAACAUCGUCCAGUGAGAACAAUUCCCGAAGGUCAUUUUUCGAUAACACAUGCCUUGAGGAACGCUGUGACCACAACGAAUUCGGUGACAAAGUCGGAUCGAGUAGCUUGUGCAGUUCGAGGGGUGAAAUGGAGACGCCAUUCCGUAGUCGUGCCUCCACCGAUGGGACUUUGCUAUCUCGGCCAAGGCGAUGGCGCUAUCCCCCGCCUGGAUGUGAUUUACCACAUUCGAAUCGUGUUGAACGGCGAAUGAGUAUUUCAGCUCGUGGCAGUAAUGCCAGUUACUAAGGGGAUGGGUUUUUUUUUUCUAUUUGCUAUUAAACAAAAACAGGGUGUUUUUGGAAUUUCGCUGUAAUUCAGAUUUGUUUCGCAGAAAAAAUCAUUAUUCAACCGAGAGAGAUUGUAUUCAAAGAAUUUAUGGGAAAAGUCUUAAUUUGAAGCUUUAUUGGGUUUUCAUUUGUAUGAACUUACUACGUUUUACAAAAAGAUACAUCUACCACAAAUUGAAGGAUUUUUUUCUCAGAAUAUACCUACAUUCUCUUGAAAGAUUUCAUCUGAAAAUUAAACCAACACCCUGUUUUCUUUUGCAAUUCGAACUCAUCUCGACUGAAGACAUAAUAUACAUACAUUCAGAAAUAAAAUGAAAUAUAUAUUUAGGUAUUACUCCAAUAUGUGAUCUCAAAUUACAUUUAUUGCUGCGGUUUCAAGCCAUAACGCAAAAAGUAAAAUAAAAAAAAAAAAAAAUAAAAAUUCAUCAAGUGGGAAUUUUUUUUUCUCAGGUUUUAUACCCACUUAAAUAAAAUUAAAAAAAAAAAAUUAAAUUAUAAACAAUUAAUUAUUACCAAACAACAAGGGGACGGAAUACGUUUUUUAAAAUUAUUUAUAUAUACUAAAGUAAAUUAUAUACAAUGAAU